CUACUUUUUAAAUGAAUUGUAGUUUAGAGUUGUAGAGUUUUAGCUGCCUGCUGUGGGGAAACAUGAUUCAACACUUUUCUGCUGCUUUCUGUCUGGCUUUGGUUUUUCUUCCACUUCUGAGCUCUUCCUGCCCGUCACAAUGCAGCUGCUUCUAUCAUAAAUUAAGUGAUGGGUCUAAAGCACGGAGUGUGCUUUGUAAUGAUCCGGAGAUUACCGUGAUCCCUUCGAAUUUCCCCUCUGACACAUCAAAACUACGUAUAGAGAAGACAGCAAUCACACGGAUUGCCAGCAGCAACUUCCACUACCUCAACAAUCUGGAGUUUCUCUGGAUGUCUUUCAAUUCUCUCAACUCACUGAAAGCUGACAGUUUCCGCGGCCUCUACACCCUGAAUGAGCUACGGCUGGAUGGAAACUCCCUCACCUCCUUCCCCUGGGAAGCGCUCAUCGACAUGCCCAUCCUGAGGCUCCUCGACUUGCACAACAACAAGAUCUCCACCAUCCCAGUCUCGGCCACCAUGUUCAUAAAGAACAUAACCUAUCUGGAUUUAUCCAGCAACAGCCUCACAACGAUUCCUGCAGAAGUUCUCACAAUGUGGCUGAGUGUAAAGCCUUCCCAAGACAUGGAUUCCUCAAAGCUAAUUCUGGGUCUUCAUGACAACCCAUGGCUGUGUGACUGUCGACUCUAUGAUUUGGUCCAGUUUCAGAAGUCCCCCUCAUCGUCUGUGGCUCUCAUUGACACCAGGCUGAGAUGUGCUGAUCCAGAAAGCUUGUCGGGGGUUUUCUUUACCGAGGCUGAGCUGCAGAAGUGUCAGGUCCCCCGGGUGCACACGGCGGUGGCUCGUGUCCAGAGCUCACUGGGUAACAAUGUCCUACUUCGCUGUGGCACCGUCGGAGUCCCCAUUCCAGAUCUUUCCUGGAGCCGUGCUGAUGGCAAGAAAAUGAACGGCACAAUUCAGGACGAGAUUUCAAAGGAGGGCAUCAUUUGGUCCAUUCUGAGUGUGCCAGCAGUCUCCUACAAAGAUUCUGGGAAAUACGUGUGCAAGGCUACCAACUUUGUUGGCACUGCAGAUGCCAUAAUCUCUUUAGUGAUCGCUGAUUCGAUUCGUUCAGAGGAAGCAGUUGGUGGCGUUUCAAAGAGGGGCAGAGGGAAGAAGACUGGUGGCACUGGAAGAGCAGCAUACCAGGAAAAGCUCAUAGCCCGAUAUGUUCCACCUUCAACAAGCACUGCUGCUCAGCCAGUUAUCGAGCCUCUUAAUGGCAAAACUGUGACUGGGAAGUAUGAGGUUGAAAGCUACAGUGUCUCUGAUGGCGCUUAUAAGGGAGAAGGCAAAGCAUCAAACCUCCAGAAGCCAGUGGAGGUGGGUCAAAGUGCUAUGGGAAACCUAGCUGCCAACACGUCUUCCUUACAGCAGGUUCCAGAGAAGAGGGUGGUGCGUUCGGUCAAAGUGAUUGGAGACACUGAUCAUACAGUCUCUUUGAACUGGCGAGCCCCCACUGCCACAAACACUACUGAAUUCAGUGUCUUAUAUGCUGUGUUUGGUGAAAGAGACAUGCGUCGCAUUAAUGUUGGGGCUGGAAAGAACAGGAUCACCAUUGAAGGCCUUGUACCAAAGACAAAGUACAUUGCUUGUAUUUGCGUCAAAGGCUUGAUUCCGAAAAAGGAACAGUGUGUAAUCUUCUCAACAGACGAGGCCGCCAGUGCCAGCGGCACUCAGAAGCUCAUCAAUGUGGUGGUGAUAACUGUGGCGUGUGUGAUUGCUGUCCCCCUGACAUUGAUUGUGUGCUGUGGGGCACUAAAGAAACGUUGCCAAAAGAUGCUGGGGCGGCAAUCUAAAGAUUUACAGGACUCCUAUGUAACAUUUGAGACUCUUGGCCCUGGAGGCAAACCUAAAGUAAUGGAGGGUGAGUAUCUGACCAGGCUCAACCCUGAUGAAUCCAACAGGCUACUGUCUGCAAGGUCCAGCGUUGACUCAGAGGCCAUAGCAAGGACUGAAGGGCCACCUAAUGAGUACUUCUGCUAGAGUCGAACUGAAAACAAAGUGAAAUUCACAGGUAAAGUGCUGGUGUGUUCAGAGAGUCAGAAAACAUUGAUGCCUCUGUUAGAAAUGGACAUAUGAGAUUAUUCUAAAGCCUUGAGAAGAAUAAAGUAAGCCAGGUUGUCAGGUUUAACACAGAAAUGGGGAAAAUAAAAGAAAUUGGAUGGUUGGGUUAUUGGCGUACAUACCUAUAAAACAGUUUGUAUGUCAUACAUUUUUUAACCCUUCCACUGUCUUAUCGGGUGACCCCACCAGGAAAGUUGACCAUUGAGCAGGAUUGAUGGUUUAUCUCUUGAGGUCCAUGUGGCAGGGGUGAGGUGGUGGUCACUCCUCACCCCUGCCACAUGGACCUGA